GUACAUUUUUUGAAGAGUCUUUUUCACUUCCGAGUUUCACAUACUUUGGUGUGUCGCUUCUUGCAGCAUGCUUGUGUGAUGCAUUCGGUUGAUCCCAGCUUACGCUGUUGUCGACCUCUUGCCAACCUUUCCUAUUGGUAAAGGCAGUGGCAACCGGCCAGGAGUAGAUCACCUGGUUAGGUGGCCCUGUAGUAUUAGUACUAGACCUAGCAAGAUCGAAGACUGACAGAUGAACGGAGGCGGAGGAAACGGCGGUUUCGGUUUCGGAACAGGGCCACCAGGCCCACCACAGGGCAAUGGAGGUAGCUGGAACGGAGGACAAGGCGGACAAGGAGGAUGGAAUGGUAAUGGAAUGGGAGGAUGGAAUGGUGGGAACGGUGGAGGAUCAGGUGGGUGGAGCAACGGGAGUAUGGGAGGACCAGGAGGAUGGAACAAUGGCAACGGCGGGGGAUGGAACAAUGGAAAUGGCGCAAAUUGGAAUAACGGAGGAGGGGGAAACUGGAGUAACAACGGGAGCGGAGGAGGAGGCUGGCAACGAAAGGUUCCUAAAUGUUAUAACUGCGGGCUCUUUGGACACAUUUCUCGAGAAUGCCAGGCGCAACGACAGCAUAAUCAAGGUGUACAAAUCCAUAACCAAGGGCCGCACAUGAAUGAGGGAUCGAGUAGCUCCAACGCAUGCGGGGAAACGGAGAAAACGGCCGUAUUAAGCAAGGAUGUAGAGGAAUCCUUGAAAAGCAUGGCGGCUUUCGUGAGAAGACAAGCGGAGAAGGAGGAGGAGGAACGCCAACAAAAGAAGGAAGCAGAAGAAAAGAGAAAGAAGGCGGAGGAGGAAAGAACAACGAGGGAGGAAGCGAAUAGGUUGGCGUUAGAAAAGAAAAAGGCAAAAGAGUUGAAGGAAGCAAAGAGGAAUUGGGAGUUCAAAAAGAUGUUAGCGAAGCAGAAGGAGGCUAUGGAGUUGGAUUUCGAGAAGAGAUUGGAAAACAGAUUGAAGGGGUUAAUGAUCACUGAGAGAGUAGUUAAAGCGAAAGCAAAGAUGGCCACGCCAGAACCUGAAUCAUCAGAGGAUGAGGAAGAGGAGGAAGAAACUCAAGAAGAAAGACUGGAGAAGCGUAAACGCCAGCAAGGACAAACAUCGGGGACGCAUGCAAGCCCAGCUGGUACUCCGACAAAAAUGGGAAGACCGAGCAUAGGAGACACCAUGGCGCAUGUGGUACAAGAAAGGGAUGAUCAGACAAACCUACAAGCUACAAAGGGAAAAAGCAAGACUCGACACGAAUCCAGCUUGUGGGAAGGAGCACCGGUGGAUGUCGACAACAAAACAGAGGUCGCCUUCAAGAAACAGACAAGGAAAUUCCUGAACAAGAAGAGUGUUCCAACCAUCCAGGAGAUGUGCAGAGAAUGGGGAAUGACCUACCGUGAACGCCCGGAAGCUGUUGACGAACUGAUUGAUCUUCGGGUGAUGCACUUCUACAAAGUACCGCGAACACCGUGCCAAGGAGGAAUAGUGAUCCGCGAACAACCUGCAAGCGUGACACGCGGACCAAAAACACCACUGAUCGAACAUCGGGAUCCGUCCGACGAGUAACGUGUGGAACGAUCUGCGUUUCUACUUAAGUCUACGCCAUCAGCUAACCGUUAGAAAUGGGAAAGAUAUUAAGGAUAUAAGAUUAGCUAUAAAAAAAAUAUUGAGAUUGUGCGUGGUAAUCCUAGUUCAUAAAGGGGAUAUCCAAUGGGGAACAAAAUUCCUUAAUAACU